GGUGUUGCGUUCAACAGACCAAGAUCGCUUCCAAGUCAUGUUCUGCUAUUUUGAGGAUAAAGCAAUUCAAAAAGACAAAUCUGGCAUGAUGCAGUGUGUGAUAGCUGUUGCUGAUAAGGUGUUUGAAGCUUUCCUGACAAUGAUGGCUGAUAAACCUAAAACCAAGGAGAACGAAGAAGAGCUGGAGAGACAUGCUCAGUUCUUACUGGUGAAUUUUAACCACAUUCACAAGAGGAUCAGGAGAGUUGCAGACAAAUACUUGUCUGGUCUUGUAGAUAA